AUGAAUGGAAUCAUAAAUAUUGCUGCAUAUGUUAACAUUCGUGCGAAUAAUUUGACUGCCUCUGUUAAUAGAAUGGGCAUUAAGAAGCUUAUUUUCCAACAGGAUGACGAUCACAAGCCUCCUUCAAAGUUUGCAAGGGUUAAUUUCGAGAAGAAAGACAUAUAA